UACUUUGUUCUAUAUUUCGUAUUAACCCUAGCCGCUCUCGUUUUUCACUUUCUCAGAUCUUUCUUUCUGGUUCGAAGGUUGGUACGUCAUUGACAAACAAUGGCAGAAGUUCAGAUGGGAGAUGCGGAAACCUUUGCUUUCCAGGCUGAGAUUAAUCAGCUUCUCAGUUUGAUUAUCAACACCUUCUACAGCAACAAGGAGAUCUUCCUCCGUGAGCUUAUUAGCAAUUCCUCUGAUGCGCUGGAUAAGAUCAGAUUUGAGAGUUUGACAGACAAGAGCAAGCUCGAUGGACAGCCGGAACUUUUCAUCAGGCUUGUUCCUGACAAGGUCAACAAGACCCUGUCGAUCAUCGACAGCGGUAUUGGGAUGACCAAAGCUGAUUUGGUAAACAAUUUGGGGACAAUCGCUAGGUCUGGCACCAAAGAGUUUAUGGAGGCUCUGCAGGCUGGAGCAGAUGUGAGCAUGAUCGGUCAAUUUGGUGUGGGUUUCUACUCGGCUUACCUCGUUGCGGAAAAAGUCAUUGUGACGACCAAGCACAAUGACGACGAGCAGUAUAUUUGGGAGUCCCAAGCCGGUGGUUCAUUCACAGUUACCAGGGAUACUGGAGAACAGCUGGGCAGGGGAACUAAAAUUACUCUCCACCUUAAGGAGGACCAGAUGGAAUACUUGGAAGAGAGAAGGAUAAAGGAUCUUGUGAAGAAGCAUUCUGAAUUCAUCAGCUACCCUAUCUAUCUCUGGACAGAGAAGACCACCGAGAAGGAGGUAAGUGAUGACGAAGAUGAGGAUACCAAGAAAGAGGAGGGUGACGUUGAGGAUGUAGACGAGGAGAAGGAAACGAAAUCCAAGAAGAAGAAGGUCAAGGAGGUGUCUUAUGACUGGGAACUCGUCAACAAGCAGAAGCCCAUCUGGUUGAGGAAGCCGGAGGAGAUCACCAAAGAAGAGUAUGCUUCUUUCUACAAGAGCUUGACCAAUGACUGGGAGGACCAUCUGUCUGUAAAACAUUUCUCUGUUGAAGGUCAGCUUGAAUUCAAGGCCAUCCUCUUUGUGCCAAAGAGGGCUCCAUUCGACCUCUUUGACACAAGAAAAAAGGCAAAUAACAUCAAGCUCUAUGUACGGAGGGUCUUCAUCAUGGACAACUGCGAGGAGUUGAUGCCCGAGUACCUCGGAUUUGUGAAAGGUGUUGUAGACUCAGAUGAUCUACCACUUAACAUAUCCCGUGAAAUGCUUCAGCAGAAUAAGAUUCUAAAGGUUAUCAGGAAGAACCUUGUGAAGAAAUGCAUGGAGAUGUUUGCUGAGAUUGCUGAAAACAAGGAGGACUACGGCAAAUUCUACGAGGCGUUCUCCAAGAACCUGAAGUUGGGUAUUCACGAGGACAGCCAGAACAGGACAAAGCUUGCUGAGUUGCUUCGUUACCACUCAACUAAGAGUGGUGAUGAUACGACCAGCUUGAAGGACUAUGUCACCAGGAUGAAGGAGGGACAGAAGGACAUCUUCUAUAUUACUGGUGAGAGCAAGAAGGCUGUGGAGAACUCCCCAUUCCUCGAACGGCUCAAGAAGAAGGGCUACGAAGUUCUGUAUAUGGUUGAUGCCAUCGAUGAGUAUGCCGUGGGACAACUGAAGGAGUACGAUGGGAAGAAGCUUGUCUCUGCAACCAAGGAAGGUCUGAAGCUUGAGGAUGAGACUGAGGAAGAAAAGAAGAAGAAGGAAGAGAGGAACAAGUCUUUUGAGAAUCUGUGCAAGACUGUCAAGGACAUCUUGGGUGACAAAGUUGAGAAGGUUGUUGUCUCUGACAGAAUCGUUGAUUCUCCUUGCUGCUUGGUGACCGGAGAGUACGGUUGGACUGCAAAUAUGGAGAGGAUCAUGAAGGCUCAGGCUCUUAGGGACAACAGCAUGGGAUCUUACAUGUCCAGUAAGAAGACCAUGGAGAUCAAUCCUGACAAUGGCAUUAUGGAGGAGUUGAGGAAGAGAGCUGAGGUUGAUAAGAACGACAAGUCGAUCAAGGACUUGGUCUUACUGCUCUUUGAGACUGCCCUCCUGAACUCUGGUUUCAGCCUAGAUGAUCCUAACACCUUUGCCACCAGGAUCCACAGGAUGCUGAAGUUGGGUCUGAGCAUUGAUGAGGAAGAAACAGUCGGUGAUGAAACAGAUAUGCCCGCACUGGAGGAAGAUGCCAACGAGGAAAGCAAGAUGGAGGAAGUUGAUUAGAG